AUGCAUCAUGGCCAAUUGAAGUCCCUCAACAGCAAGAUGAGUGUGAUGAAUUCAAUGCCACUUAUACUUGGUCGAGUGCUUGUGUUCUCAGGUUUGGGCAUCAAGGAUAACCAUAUAUCUGACUGGGCCUUUCUCGAGAAUUAUGAUUCCGUGCUCAAAAACGAUCCUAGCCAGCUUCUUAAUGUGAUGCCGCAGGUUCCCAAAUCAAAGCAGCCAGCAGAGUACCGGAAUGGGCAGUUUUCCCAUUUCCUGAAGGGCAGUGUCUGCAGGUUGGCAGCGACGAUGCUGGAUAUUUGUCGUUGGAUCGAAGACAAGACUGCGCCAGUGGACGACAGUGGUAAUCGUACGGGUCCCGGCGCGGUUCUAGAUCUACCUUCCCCAUGA